AUGUCGGAUGCUGUUGAGUCUACUGCCGAGCCAGUUGCCAAGAGGUUGAAGGCCUCUGGAGACGGAUCAGGUCACCCAGCACGUCCAAAACCAGCUCGUCAUCACGCCUCGGAUGCCAAUGAGACGGCUAGGCCGCCACGCCUCCCGACUCCUAUACUUGCACCUGCUCUCCCUGCCCUGCCCGGCCGAGAGUUAGAUCCGGACGCCCGCUCCAGGCAGAGUACCGUGAGCGCUGCUGAUGAGGUCGCCGAAGUCUAUACCGAGACCAGGAUGCUUCAGGAUCCUACUGGAAGGCUGCUAUACCUUGGUGAUUCCGCGACGCUGUCAUACCUACAGUUCAUCCGUAUGAUAGUGGAGAGUGUCGAUGGCCCAUCUCAAUUUACCACGGAUCCAAUAUCGUCAUCCUUCCACAACCUAGUGGAGGUCUUCGAACGGACCGUCUUCGCUAAACAACUUGAUGUUUGCUACCAAGACCCCCUCGCUGCGGAACCGACCUUUCUGUGCCUGCUAAACCUCGUUUUUGCCAUUGGUCUCCUGCUUGCUACGCCCCUCUCGGGCAGCGACGAGGAGAAGGUCGUACAGAAGCUUCAGGCAGGCCAGGCGGACCGUGCCGAGCUCUUCUUCAGAAAUGCCAAGUGCUUAGGAGACCCUACCACGGGGUUUGAGGAUGCAGACUUCUGGUCUGUCCAGGCGUUAUUGCUCAUGUCCGUGUACAUGUUGGCAAAGACGAAGCGGAAUGCAGCCUAUGCCGGGUUAGGAAUGGCUGUGAGAUCUGCGUAUGCCCUAGGCCUGCAUAGACUCGAAACCAUGGUGAUCUUCCCUGUGCCGGAUCGUGUGCAGCGGAGAAAUGUCUGGCGAAGCCUAUACGUCCUCGACCGCUUCCUGGCAGCAGCUCUCGGUCGACCGACGUCCAUCUCGGAAGAUGACUGCUCUCCAGAUGCUCUUGUCACUCCUGACAAAUAUUUCGCAACGAACGACACCGACUCUUCAUCCUUUGGUGGCCUGAACGCAGCCGUGCGUAGUUGCCAGGUCAUCGGGAUCAUCCUGAAGAAAAUUUACGCGCACCGCAAGAUAUCAACCAGGCUCGCACAGGAUAUAUCAGAACAGUGCAAGGGGGGUCCGCAAAAGUACAGCCCGAACCUUCACUGGCGACAAGCUAUGAACACCGAUAUCGAUCCGAAGCAUGGCAUGGCAAUAUUACACGUCAACCUGUUGUACUGUCACGCGGUUAUUCUGUUGACGAGGCCCUUCUUUCUCUUCCUGAUGAACCGGCUGCAGCAGGAAAAGCGAGGCAUCCCUCGUGCAGCGAUACGCCCAGGCUCAAGGAUGGAGAAAUUCUCUGAAGCCUGUGUGAAUGCUGCCUACCACACUGUCACACUCGUACACAUGGGUUUUGAGGGCAAAUAUUUACCACAACGUGACCCAUUCGUGAUACAUUUCCUCUUCGCUGCUGCCCUAGUAGUCCUCAGCAGCGAAUUCGCCUGCCUCCACCAGAAUUCCGCCUAUGCCGAGACGUUCCACAAGGCCAUGACAGUCAUGAAUUACUGUGCCAAGUCAGACCCACAAGCCGGUCGGCUGGUCUACAUCCUGACAACCUUUAACCAUGUUAUCGUAACCAGGAAUCCUGCGACAACAUCAGCAGGGCCAGACCCGACCUCUGUCCCGAAU